UCCAAGGGGAGGGGGCCGUGGGUUUUCAUGUACCCAGCAUGAGCUCCUACUUCGUCAACCCCCUGUUCUCGAAAUACAAAGGCGGCGAGUCCCUGGAACCGGCCUAUUACGACUGCCGGUUCCCUCAGAGCGUGGGCAGGAGCCAUGCGCUGGUGUAUGGGCCCGGCGGCUCCGCGCCCGGCUUCCAGCACGCCUCGCACCACGUCCAAGACUUCUUCCACCACGGCACCUCCGGCAUCUCCAACUCGGGCUACCAGCAGAACCCAUGCUCGCUAAGCUGCCACGGAGACGCCUCCAAAUUCUAUGGCUACGAGGCGCUCCCCAGACAGUCCCUUUAUGGGGCUCAGCAAGAGGCGAGCGUGGUGCAAUAUCCCGACUGUAAAUCCUCCGCCAACACUAACAGUAGCGAAGGACAAGGCCACUUAAAUCAGAACUCGUCUCCCAGCCUCAUGUUUCCAUGGAUGAGACCCCACGCUCCUGGACGGCGCAGUGGACGGCAAACUUACAGCCGGUAUCAGACCUUGGAGCUAGAGAAAGAGUUCCUCUUUAAUCCUUAUCUGACGCGGAAGCGUCGCAUUGAAGUCUCUCACGCCCUGGGACUGACCGAGAGACAAGUGAAGAUAUGGUUCCAGAACCGAAGGAUGAAGUGGAAAAAAGAAAACAACAAAGACAAGCUUCCCGGGGCCCGAGAUGAGGAGAAGGCGGAAGAAGAAGGGAAUGAGGAAGAGGAGAAAGAAGAGGAGGAAAAGGAAGAAAAUAAGGACUGAGAGAAAAGAACCCCCCCCCCCAGCAACUCCCUUGAAGUUUCGUUUUAUGGUAGCAGAUAAAUUGAGAAGUUUACGACUGUCAUUUGCUUUUGUAGGGAAUAGAAUGACACUCACAACUCUAACUACCUGUCAGAUAGUUGCAGCUCUGCUUUUAUUACCUUUGGACUCCCCCUCCCUCCGCUCUUUAUUUGUCUGGGA